GCGCAGCCGGGCGCGGAGCGGUGGAGGCGCCUGGAGGCCGCCGUCCUGAGAGCGCUGCGGCGGGACGGGCGGCUCCUACUACGCCAGGCGGCUGAGCCGGGCGAGUGGGGAGCCGAGCUGCGGAGCGCGGAGCCCGGGCGGCGCGCAGGGCGCGAGCGCAGGCGACCCGAGCCGCCGCCGUCCUUGCAGCCGCGGGCGCCGAGAGCAGCGAGCAUGGCCUCCGCCACCCGCGCCUUCCUCCAGGUGCUGCUGCUGUUGCCUCCGCAGACUUGGAGCCCGGCGGCAGCGGGGAAUCCACGCGAUUGUGAUGCUCCACUGGGAUCGACCUUGCCUCCCUCCUCCUUCAGCAGCUCCUCGGUGCUGUCCAGCAGCCAUGGCCCUGGGUUCGCGAGGCUUAAUCGGAGAGAUGGAGCUGGUGGCUGGACCCCACUUGUGUCCAAUAAAUACCAGUGGCUGCAGAUUGACCUUGGAGAGAGAAUGGAGAUCACAGCGGUGGCCACCCAGGGUGGAUAUGGGAGCUCCGACUGGGUGACCAGUUACCUCCUGAUGUUCAGUGACAGCGGAAGGAACUGGAAGCAAUAUCGACGAGAAGAAAGCAUCUGGGGAUUUUCAGGAAACACAAACGCGGACAGCGUGGUGCACUACCGCCUCCAGCCCCCCUUCGAAGCCAGGUUCCUGCGCUUCCUGCCUUCAGCCUGGAACCCCAAGGGCAGGAUUGGGAUGCGGAUCGAGGUGUAUGGGUGUGCAUACAGAUCUCAGGUGGCUUAUUUUGAUGGACGAAGUGCCCUGCUGUACAGAUUGGAUAAAAAACCCUUAAGACCCAUAAGAGAGAUUAUUUCUUUGAAAUUUAAAACCAUGCAGAACAAUGGGAUUCUACUCCACAGAGAAGGACAACAUGGAAAUCAUGUAUCUCUGCAAAUAAUUAAAGGAAAACUUGUCUUUGCUCUUCAUUCAGGCAAUGCCAACCCACUGCCUGCAGGUGCCCCCGUGACCCUCACCCUGGGCAGCCUGCUGGAUGACCAGCACUGGCACUCCGUCCUCAUUGAGCGCCUCAGCACGCAUGUCAACUUUACGCUGGACAAACACACUCGGCAGUUCCGUGCAAAGGGAGAAUCCGGUUCCUUGGAUCUUAACUCUGAGAUCAGCUUUGGAGGAAUUCCGACAUCUACAGGCUCCCUGGCAAUCUCACAUAAAAACUUUCAUGGAUGUGUAGAAAACCUUUAUUAUAAUGGAGUGGAUAUUAUUGAAUUAGCCAAGAAACACAAACCACAGGUCUUCAUUAUGGGAAAUGUGUCCUUCUCAUGUCCACAACCACAGACCGUCCCUGUCACUUUUCUGAGCCCUUGGAGUUAUCUGGCUCUGCCAGGCAACUCUGGGGAGGACAAGAUGUCUGUCACUUUCCAGUUUCGAACAUGGAACCAGGCAGGACGAUUGCUUUUUGGUGAACUGUGGCAUGGUUCUGGAAGUUUUGUCCUCUUUCUUGAGGAUGGAAAACUCAGACUGAGCCUCCUCCAGCCAGGACAGCCGUUGAGGAACGUCACAGCAGGUGCUGGGCUGAAUGACGGGCAGUGGCACUCUGUGUCCCUGUCUGCUAAAUGGAGCCAUCUGAGUGUGGCCGUGAACGGUGACACGGUUCUCCAGCCCCUGGUGACUGGCCUGACGGGUUCCAGCAACACCUAUUAUUUUGGAGGCUGUCCGGACAACAGCACAGGCUCUGGAUGUGAAAGUCCUGUGGGAGGGUUUCAGGGCUGCCUGAGGCUCAUCUCCAUUGGUGGCACAGCGGUGGAUCCCAUCUCAGUCCAGCAGGGGGCGCUGGGGAGUUUCAGCGACCUCCAGAUAGACGCCUGCAGCAUCACAGACAGGUGCCUACCCAGCUUCUGUGAACACGGGGGUGCAUGUUCCCAGUCCUGGGACACCUUCUCUUGCAACUGCGAGGGCACAGGUUAUACCGGAGGGACCUGCCAUUCCCCGCUCUACGAGCAGUCCUGUGAGGCCCACAAGCACAGAGGGCGUCCUUCUGGGCUUUACUACGUUGAUGCUGAUGGAAGCGGUCCCCUGGAACCCUUUCUCGUGUACUGCAAUAUGACUGCAGACGCCGCGUGGACGGUGGUGCGUCACGGUGGCCCAGACCAGGUGACCGUCGGAGGCGGCCCCCGGGGGCACGCAGGCUCGGUGACCUUCGCGUACGCGGCCAGCGUGGGGCAGCUGCGGGCCGCGGUGGCCCUGGCGGAGCGCUGCGAGCAGCAGCUGGCCUUGCGCUGCGGCUCCGGACCGCGGUCUGCCGCGAGAGAUGGAACCCCACUGAGCUGGUGGGCUGGAAGAACCAACGAAACACACACUUACUGGGGAGGUUCUCUGCCUGAUGCUCAAAAGUGUACCUGUGGAUUACAGGGGAACUGCAUUGACUCUCAGUAUUACUGCAGCUGUGACACUGACCAGGAUCAAUGGACCAGUGACAUCAUAGUCCUUGCCCAUAAGGAGCACCUGCCAGUCACUCAACUUGCGAUGACGGACAGGGGCCGGCCACACUCUGAAGCUGUUUAUACACUGGGGCCUCUGCUCUGCCAGGGGGACAAGUCAUUUUGGAAUUCAGCUUCCUUCAACACCGAGACUUCAUACCUUCAUUUUCCCACUUUCCAUGGAGAACUCACUGCUGAUGUGCGGUUCUUUUUUAAGACCACAGUUCCCUCUGGUGUGUUUAUGGAGAACCUGGGGAUCACGGACUUCAUCAGGAUAGAGCUGCAGAGUCCCACAGAAGUGACCUUUUCCUUUGAUGUGGGGAAUGGACCUUGUGAGGUCACUGUGCAGUCACCCACCCCCUUUAAUGACAAUCGGUGGCACCACGUGAGGGCAGAGAGAAAUGUCAAAGGAGCCUCUCUGCAAGUGGAUCAGCUCCCUCAGAAGACACAGGCUGCCCCCACGGACGGGCACGUCCGCCUGCAGCUCAACAGCCAGCUCUUCAUUGGUGGGACGGCCAGCCGGCAGCGAGGCUUCCUGGGGUGCAUCCGGUCCCUGCAGUUGAAUGGGGUGGCCCUGGACCUGGAGGACAGAGCCACGGUGACGCCAGGGGUGGAGCCAGGGUGUGUCGGACACUGCAGCAGCUACGGACACCUGUGUCGCAAUGGUGGGAGAUGCCGAGAACGGCCCCGAGGGGUGGCCUGCGACUGCGCCCCCUCUGCCUACGAGGGCCCCUUCUGCGUACACGAGAUUUCUGCAUAUUUUGAAACGGGCUCCUCAGUGACCUAUAAUUUUCAAGAUCAUCACCCCUUAAGUGGAAACGCCAGUUCCCUGGCUUCUUCAUUCCACAGGGAGGUGACACUUUCCCGGGAGACCAUCACCCUGAGCUUCCGGACCACGUGGGCUCCCAGCUUACUGCUUUACGUGAGCUCUCUCUAUGAGGAAUACCUUUCCGUUAUCCUGGCCAACAAUGGAAGUUUGCAAGUCAGGUACAAGCUAGACAGACAUCAAGAUCCAGAUGUUUUUAACUUUGAUUUUAAAAACAUGGCGGAUGGGCACCUUCACCAGCUGAAGAUCGACAGGGAGGAAGCUGUGGUCUUUGUAGAGGUUAACCAGAGUGCACAGAGACAAGUCAUCCUGUCCUCGGGGACGGAAUUCAACGCCAUCCACUCCCUCACGUUGGGAAAGGUUUUAGAGCCCCCGGGCGCGGACCCGGACACGCGGCGGGCGGCGGCGCGCGGCUUCACCGGCUGCCUCUCGGCGGUGCGCUUCGGCCGCGCCGCCCCGCUGAAGGCGUUGCGUCCCGGCGGACCUGCCCGGGUCACCGUCCGCGGCCACGUGGCCGCCGGGGCCCGCUGCGCGGCGGGGGCGCAGCCGGGCGACGGAGCGCGGGAGCUGGCUCCCCGGCGCGCCGGUGGCGCAGGUGGCGCAGGUCAUCCGGAACCGAACGAGGAGGGAGAGCCUUUGGUGAAUGCUAACCGAAGCGACUCCGGGGUCAUCGGAGGUGUGAUAGCAGUUGUGAUAUUUAUUUUGCUCUGCAUUUCUGCUAUAGCCAUACGCAUUUACCAACAGAGAAAGUUACGCAAAGAAAAUGAAUCCAAAGUUUCACAGGAUGAAGAAUGCUAGGACCACUCGGAGAAGUGACCCUGUCAAGACACAGUCCUGAGAGUCAGCGUCUCCUGGUUGGCAGACAGGCUGAUCCACCCCCACUACUGUGGACUGUCCUGUUCUGGCCCUCACCGUGGGUGGGCAAGUGCUGUCCACCUGCUGAGGACCUCGGGUACUGGGAGGCCCCUUCUCCCUUGGUGGAUACCUCCCUCCAGUGCAAGUGACGUAGCAGUGAAGAAGGGCUCCUCCUUCACCACUGUUAGUAGUGUGCCCCAGAAGGAAUGCUCUCUUCUAACACAGAAAUUUUAUUUGUAUAAUAAUUGUGAAUUUUAGCUGAGAAAAUGGCCACAAGGCUCUGGUCCUACUUAAAAAACGGGAGAGAAGUUUUGUUCAUGUGUAAAAGACAAAGUCAAACUCGAAUGUUCUUUAUUGCUCAGAGUUUAUAUGGGAUCCCUUUCCUGUUCCUCUGCUGAUAUUUUUUUUUAGACAGGAAAUGCUUCUUCAAUCACUUUUACCAGCAUUUCCGUAGUCCUGAGAUCCAGAGCCAAGGGCCUGCUAAAAAUUAAUAGUGUGUUUACUUUCCUUAUCUGAUGGUCGAUAUAAUGCAAUAGAGGCCUGGAAACAUUAUUUUUGGUGUAUUGCUUUUUCUAAUUGACUGUUUUUAAUCAUUUUGAUAAAUUUUAAUGUUGAAAUCAAUAUGGAAUGUUGGUGAUAAAAUUUUAAUAUUGAAUUUUGUAAUGGACCAGAAAAUUGAUAGGUAACACAAGAUGCAUACAGGAUGUCAAUUAGAUCCGCCUAUUUUCUUUGUAAUUUGUAAUUAUAGUUUUUGUAAAUUGUGAUUAUGCUUUUAACUAAAUUUACAACCACGUAUAAAUACUACUUCUUGUACUGAAAAAGAUGUAUUCUUUAUUUAUAUUAAUAAUACUUGAAGGAAACACAAUCUUAAACUUAUUUACCCCCAAUAUUGAGAGAUUAGGUCAGUUUUUUUAUCAUUCUAUAUUUAUAUUUCUUUUUCAUUUUUUUAUUUUUUGAGGGGGAGACUGCAGUGUUGGGGAUCAAACCCAAGUCCCUGAGUCCAAUAUUUCUCUUUUUUCUAAAGAUU